AUGAGUACAAAAGACGUCCUGCUUGUUGGCCUGGGAGCAGUUGGAACAAUCUACGCCUACAUCCUUCAAAGCAGUAAGCUUGCGCGAGUCACUACUGUUGCCCGAAGUAACUAUGACAUUGUCAAUGCCAAGGGCAUAAACAUCAGGAGCAAAAAGUAUGGCACUCACGAGAGCUGGAAACCUUACCGUCUGGUAUCGUCGGUGGUAGAGGCUGCUGAUAGGCCGUAUUCCUAUGUGAUCCUGACAACCAAGGCGAUUCCAGAGGUGAUAAAGACAUCUCGGGUCCUAGAACCACUGCUUUCUAGUCCGUAUAGUGAAAGGCACCCUCAGCCUACUUAUGUCUUACUCCAAAACGGACUCGGAGUGGAGCGAGACUUGUAUCACAGUGUCAAGGCCCUUGAUCAAGGUGAACCAAAAAUCAUCAGCACUGUUGUAUGGAUUGGAACGAAUUUGGUGGAGAAGAAUGUGGUCGAACACACCGACUUCGAUCAUAUUACCAUUGGAAUGUACAGACAUGGAGACCACCUGACAACUACUAAUUCUCCUGAAGAAGAUGCUAUUUUGACAGACCUUGGAACCAUGUUCAAAACAGGAGGUUCAGAAGUGACCAUUGCAACAGAGAUCCAGCGCAAGAAAUUCGCCAAGACGUUUUGGAAUAUUGCAUUCUCUUCCUUCUCGACCCUCACCGGGUCCCCUCCUACAGCAAUGUUCCGACCUCCACCUAAAGAGGGCCAAUCGUAUAGUCCUUACGUUGCACCUCAGACAGCACCUGAUAUCAUUCCUGUUCUACAUGCGAUUUUACAAGAGAUGAUUACCCUUGGGCGUGCAUUGGGCUACCCGGAUAACGAAGAGGGUCUGCCUUCUUCCCUCAUUGAUAAUACUAUAUCACGUACUGCAGAGCUACACAGAAAUCCUGCCCAUACAGCCCUCCCGAGUAUGCUCCUUGAUGCCCAGAAUGGGCUGCCUAUCGAGGUGGAGGUGAUUCUUGGGGAGGUGGUCAGAAUGGCCAAGGAUAUGGGGGUAGAUGUACCACGUAUUGAAACCUUGUAUGCUUUGCUGGCUAUCAUCCAAAACCAGACUCUUGGCGGACUUAGACAACCCAAACUUUAG